UGAUCAUCAUCAUCAGCAGACAAAAUCUCGACCAUCGCAACUCGAGAUCCGAACGUGGAGCAGCUUUGGCGAUCACUCGAGACUGCAGGUCCUUCACGCGCGAGGGCAUCGGCCAAGCAGUCGAGUUGCGCCUGUCUUGCCAUUAGUGCGGCGAUUCUAUACGCUUGUCAAGAAUUUGCAGCAAAGGGACUUGUUCGAGCCAGGCGCCUACGAUACCGGACGUCGCUGCGAGGGCAGAGCAUACAUGCCUCUACACACCGUUUCUGCGAUCGCCGAGUGAUUUGCCAGCUGUGAUACACUCUCGAGGAAGCGUUUGCGCUCACACAGGUGCCACCAAACGUUGUGAUCCCUACAUCACCCAUCGGGACAGAUGCUCGUAAGCGGCGUUGCACCGUACCGCAUUGUUGCGCGAGAUGAGCUACUACAAUUCCAACUCGUACGGCGGGGGAGCAGGAGGAGGAGGAGCAGCAGCAGCAGCAGGAGGGGAUUGGUCGCGCGCUCACAACAGCUCAUCCUACCCUUCCGGCUCAUCCGCCAAUCAAAGCCAUCACGGUACCCACCAUGCUCAACAAAGCAACACCAACAGCGCGAACAAUUCAUGGUCUCAUCAGUAUCAACAGCAGCCUUCCUCUCAUCACGCGAAUGCAUCGCAAGCUUACUCCAACGCGGCUUGGCAAGAUGGAAGAUCUAAGAAUGCGAUGCACCAAGCAUCGGAUCACCAUGCUCCUAGCUCUGCGGAAGUCAAUCACUUGAUUCGCAACCUGCAACUUCCGGGAUCCGCCGCGUUUUCGAAUAGCGUGGCAAGUUCCGGUCGUACCUCCUCAAGCGCGCAGCAGCAGCAACACGGUUAUCAGCAACAGCAGCAGCCGCACCAGAUGUACGGGCAAUCGAGCCUAUCUGCAGGUCUGUACACUAAUUCCGCAGGCCAAGCUCAAUGGUCGCAGAACGUAUCCAACGCCAACGCCAACGCCAACCCUUCAUCACGCAGUCAAUCUCGGAAUGACGCUUCGCAGCACCAACAGCAGCAGCAACCGUUCAUAUCUCCGCACGACGUCCACAGGCAGACAAAUAGCGGCGAUUCAGCCAGUCAUAUGAUGUCGUUAGGAGGGCCAAUGUUGGGAUCCCAUCCUCACGUCGCUUCUCCAACCUACGCUGCAGAAUCUAUCGGUGCCCCUAGCCCCGUUGCCGACGUCGCACCGAUCAAGUCGAAGAGAGCGCCUAAGCCACGAAAGCCUGCGCCCGUCCGUAUGCCCGAGGUAGUGGCCACACCUGUCCAGCCUCCCGCACCUCUUACCGCAGCAGCACCUGCCAAAGGCGUACCUAAGAGGAAGCGAAAGGCAGCUGCGGAGGUGGAGCCCGCUCCAGCUCCGGUGCCGUCUGCUCCAAAGCCCGCACCUGCCGCAGCUGCAAAGCAAAAUGGCAGGAAAAAGGCUCGGUCUGGCAAGGGCGCGGCGGCAGCAGCUCCGGCACCUCCUCCGGAACCUGAACCAGAGGUAGCUGCAUCUCGCAAAAAGGGCAGACCGAAGGGCAGCAAAAACAAACCAAAAGCUUCUAGCGGACCGGAAAAAGAAAUCACUAUGUACGACGGUCUGGGAACGCCUCCUCCUCCUGAGAAUCCCAUGCCCCCCAAAAAGAAACGUGGCAGACCUUCCAAGAAGAACACGAAUGCUGGCGGCGAGGUCGCCGCGCCAAAAGGGGGGAAGACGGCCGCUGCGGAUGCUGCGGUGCUACUCUUGCCGCCGCCGCCGCCCCUGGUCGCUACAGCAUCCGUUGGUCCGCCGUCUGGCAAGUAUGGAGAGGAUUGGAAAGAGCUCUUUUUGGAACGCCUUCACAAUACACGCAUGUUCGGAUCGAUGAUCGAAGACGAAGAAAUGCAGGAGGAAUUUGAUGGCUUGAUUCGGAAUUUGGAAGAGAUGGCUAGCGGGUCUAUGCCUCGGUGACCCCAUUCAUACGCCUAUUGCGAAGGGCUCUCUUUCAUUCUAUUCCGUUUGUGCCAAAAAUGCAUAUUUGUACAAUCUCGCAACGUAUAGCUGAAUCGUG